CGCGGGCCAGCACAGGGGGCUCCGGGGCUUGGAUCCAUGGCAUCUAGGGCAGGGCCACGAGCGGCUGGUACCGACAGCAGCGACUUCCAGCAUCGGGAGCGCGUGGCCAUGCACUACCAGAUGAGUGUGACUCUCAAGUAUGAAAUCAAGAAGCUGAUCUACAUGCAUCUGGCCCUUUGGCUGCUGCUGGUUGCCAAGAUAAGUGUAGGACACCUGAGGCUCUUGUCACAUGAUCAUGUGGCCAUGCCUUAUCAGUGGGAGAACCCCUAUUUGCUGAGCAUUGCGCCCUCCCUCUUGGGCCUGCUCUCUUUCCCUUCUAACACUAUCAGCUACCUGGUGCUCUCCAUGAUCAGCAUGGGACUCUUCUCCAUCGCUCCCCUCAUUUAUGGCAGCAUGGAGAUGUUCCCCGCUGCACAGCAACUCUACCUCCAUGGCAAGGCCUACCGCUUCCUCUUUGGGUUUUCUGCUGUCUCUGUCAUGUACCUGGUGUUGGUACUGGUGGUCCAAGUGCAUGCCUGGCAGCUGUACUACAGCAAAAAACUUCUAGAUUCUUGGUUCACCAGCACACAAGAGAAGAAGCACAAAAUGAAGCCUGCCCGAUGGUCUGCUCUCGGGUGGAGCCUGGGCUCCCCCUGA